GUUUGCGCGUGCUUGUGGCCCGACAGCAGGAGAGGUCGAGAGAAUGCUGGGACCGUGAAGCUCGCGCCAAUGGACUUGGACACGAGCUGGGCUUUCCGGUGAUGGAGAAGGGCCGGUCUGUUGACGGUAUCCAUGGUACCCUCCAGUGUGGCAGUGAGCUCCAGAACAGUGACCAGCCUGUAUGAGAGAUCAGCAGCCUGCUGUGUUGGAACUGUGACUGUCUCCAACCACCAGUGACCAGCCUGUAUGAGAGAUCAGCAGCCUGCUGUGUUGGAGCUGUGACUGUCUCCAACCACCAGUGACCAGCCUGUAUGAGAGAUCAGCAGCCUGCUGUGUUGGAACUGUGACUGUCUCCAACCACCAGUGACCAGCCUGUAUGAGAGAUCAGCAGCCUGCUGUGUUGGAACUGUGACUGUCUCCAACCACCAGUGACCAGCCUGUAUGAGAGAUCAGCAGCCUGCUGUGUUGGAACUGUGACUGUCUCCAACCACCAGUGACAGAGACGAAUGGCAGUGAGUAGAACAAAUCCUCGUCCAAAAACAUAAGGAUCCCGAGGACAAGAAAGACGGCACCUCGUUAGACACUUGUUUUUCUUUCUGAGCAUGUAGCUGCCAUGUUUCCACAUUAGAAUCCAGCCAUCAUCAGAGCAGGAUGCAUGACAGUGUCAGGAGCACUGGGCAUGGAGAGGGCAGCUCCGCACGAUCAACUAAGUUACAGAAGAACCCGAAGCAGGGGUACCGUAAACUUGGCGUGGCUAGUGGGUCAGGGUCAAAGUCGGCCGGGACAGGGUCAGGGGGUAAAACCUUGUCUAUGGAGAACAUCCAGUCCCUGAACGCAGCCUACGCCACCUCCGGCCCCAUGUACCUAAGUGACCGCAAUGCCUUGGCCUCCUCCGGUGGCUACCCUAAAGGAACCAUGACUCUGGGCAGAGCCACCAGCAGAACCUCCUACACGGGCCGGACCACAGCCUUGGGCAGCAGCCCCAACAUCACCACCACAUCAGACAGCCAGGGCUAUGGGGACCAGAGCCACACCCAGCACCUCCAGGCAGGGGGGCCCUCAGGGCUGCUGAGGCAGGCUGGACGGGGUGGAGAAGGAGGGGGAGAAGACAUCCAGGUUCAGCUCAGGGAGCUGCAGAGAGAGAAUGAACUGCUGAGAAGAGAGAUGGAUGGAGAGAGGGAUGGGAGAGAAGGGAGGAUGAGCUCAUCUGUCAACAGAAAGAACUUCUGGAGCCCGGAGGUGAAAAGUCGAGACAGAGGGAUGAGGAAAGAGGAGGGAACCCUUACAUCCAUCCUGAAGGAACAGAAGUGGGCAUCUCCAGAGGAGGACCAGCAUCUCCAGUUGUCAGUGCAUGGGCUACAGGAAGAGCUGAGAAGUCAUAGAGAGAUGAACUGUCGUCUGCAGCAAGAGAACUCGGGAUCUCACACAAACAUCUCCACUCAUACCGGCUCGAACCGAGAACUCCAUAUUGAGGACCACCGGGCUGGCAUCAGCCCUGGACACAGUCCUGGUCUGGGCCCCAGUCACCUCCACAGCCCUGGGCAAAGACAUAGCCCCGGCCCUGGUCUAGGAGUCAGCCCCAGACACAGCCCCAGUAGCACCUACAACCAUGGGCCCAGAAACAGCCCUGUCCAUCCCCAUAGCCCUGGGUACAGCUCCAACGUCAGACACCACCAAGCUGACAUCCACAGCCCUGGGCACAACUCUGGGCCUGGCCCCAGACACAGCCCUGCUAACACUCUCAUCCCCUUGUCUAGAAAGAGCCCCAGCCACCUCAUCCAUAGCCCUGGCCGUUGCCUCAGCCCUCCCAGCAGCCCAUGCAUGGUCCCUGGGUGCGAUGGCUUCUCCUCUCCCCCUCCCCUGGAUCUGACGGAGGAGAACUUCAGCCGGCUGCAGUCAGAUCACGAACGGCAGGGCAAGGAGCUGUACCUGCUGAGGAAGACCCUGGAAGAGAUGGAGCUGAGGAUUGACUCCCAGAAACAGACGCUGGGGGCCAGGGACCAGUCCAUCCAGAGGCUGCUGGAGAUGAUCCAGGGAGGAGGGAGGGGUCAGCGAGGCGAGAGGUCAGAGAUAAUCACCAUGGCAACAGCACGCGAGGAGGCGGAGUACCAGGUGGGUCAUCUGGAGGAGCAGCUGGACCAGAGGGAGAAAGAGAACCUGCAUUUGAGAGAGGAGCUGCACAGGAGGAGCCAGCAGGACCCCACCAAGACUAAGGCCCUGCAGACUGUCAUUGAUAUGAAGACCACAGCACCCCCUUUCUGUUUUGAUCCUGAUGUUAUCUGGCAGGACACUAAGAUAUCAUCUCUGGAGAGGAACAUCCGAGACCUGGAGGACGAGGUCCAGUUGAUGAAGACCAGUGGGCUGCUCCACCCUGGCGAACGCCUGGAUGGACUCAAACACAUGGAGGUCUACAAAAGCCACUCCAAGUUCAUGAAGAAACAGGUAGACCAGCAGAAGCAGGAGCUGAAUAAGAAGGAAUCAGAGAUGCAGGCCCUACAGACCAAACUGGAUGCUCUGACCAACCAGAACUCAGACUGCAAACAGCACAUAGAGGUGCUCAAAGAAUCACUCAGCGCCAAGGAGCAACGCUCUACCACACUGCAGACCGAGGUGGAUGCGUUGCGUGUUCGUCUGGAAGAGAAGGAGUCCUUCCUCAGUAUGAAGACCCAGCAGCUCCAGGACCUGAUGGAGGAGAAGGACACGCUGGCCGGAGAGAUCCGGGACAUGAAGGAUAUGCUGGAUGUUAAGGAGAGGAAGGUCAACAUCCUGCAGAAGAAGAUAGAGAAUCUUUUGGAGCAGUUAAAGGACAAGGACAAGCAGCUGACGGGUCUGAGAGACAGGGUCAAGGGUCUCCAGACUGACUCCAGCAACACAGACACAGCACUGACCACGCUGGAGGAGGCCCUGUCUGAAAAGGAGCGAGUGAUUGAGCGUUUGCGUGAGCAGAAGGAGCGGGAGGACAGGGCACGGCUGGAGGAGGUGGAAAGGAUGAGGAAGGAGAACCAGGACCUGAAGGAUAGACUCUCCAUCCUGACGACACACACACCUGGGAAUACGGAAGAGUCAACCAGGAAGUUGUUAGAGGUCAGCGACAGGAUCAAGCUGCUGGAGGAGGAAGUGACGCGUUACCGAGAAGAGUCUGGGAAGUCCCAAGCCGAGGUGGAGAGGCUCAUGGGUAUCCUGAGAGAGCAAGAGACGGAAAGAACCAACAAGGAGAAGAAGAUCACCGAGCUGGAGAGGCAAGUGAAGUGUCCAAACAUCCUUAAACAGAUGGUUUCAGGGGAGAGGAGGCCAGAUGGACAGACUGACGGACAUCCACACUCCAUCUCACAGCUGGAGGAGAUGAUGAACGCCCUGGAGAAGACCAGGCAGGAGCUGGACACCACCAAGCAGCGCCUCUCCACUACCCAGCACUCCCUUCAGGAGCGGGACGGUCACCUGACCAACCUGAGGCUCGAGAGACGCAGACAGCUGGAGGAGAUCCUGGAGAUGAAGCAGCAGGCUCUUCUAGCUGCGAUCAGUGAGAAGGAUGCUAACAUAGCCCUACUGGAACUGUCCUCCUCUAAACGUAAGAAAUCACAGGAUGAGGUGAUGUCACUGAAGAGAGAAAAGGACAGGCUCAUGCACCAGCUCAAACAACAGACCCAGAGUAGGAUGAAGCUCAUAGCAGACAACUAUGAUGAAGAACAUCUACACCCUCAUCAUCCUCACCACCCCCACCCGGGGGUACACCCUGCUCACCCUGCUCACCCACACCACCUGACCCCUGCAAGAGGACCACCCCACGCCAACCACAGAGCCCCAAUGGACCAGGACGAUGAGGAGGGCAUCUGGGCAUGACCGUCGCCAUGGGAACUGAAGCUCCAAUCAUGAGAGCUGCUGGUGAGCCGGGUUUUGAACCAAACACACACUCCUGUUCAUCCCGGUGGAGCAGCUCUACUGAUCCAGGGACCAGACUGGCUGCAGCAGAGUCCCAGGAUCCUGCCCCCCUGCCAUGGUUGAAGAUAAUUAUUUUCCUGCCUUCCGUUGCAGAGAUGCUCUCUUUCCUCCCAGUGUUUGACAAUCAGAGAGCCGAGACUCGUAAAGUCCCAUGACCUCCGUAAAGUCCCAUGACCUCCGUAAAGUCCCAUGACCUCCGAGGCUCCGUUGGACAUGUAACCCUGACUGUUUCCACUGUACUUAUGAACUACGACUUUAACUCUCCAACAGUCAACCAAUCAUCUCGCUGCCCCUGCCAGGUUCACUGACUGACGGAUAAAUCCUAGACAACAAACUAGUCAGCCUAAAAACCAGAAGGACCAAUCAGAAAGGACCAUUGAGAGUGACCAAACAUAAUUUUUUUGUGUGUCGUUUUUUUAGAUAGUUUGUGAGCCCUUGAAAGACUAUGGGAGAGAGCAAAUCCUGAUGUGGGUUUGUUUACGUAGCCACAUACGGAUAGCAUUAGCAUGGUCCACAACAUGGACCUCAGAUCCACAUGGACCUUCUCAAUGUACCGUGCCAAAGGAACCACUCCCUGUCAGCAGAGAGACACUGAGAGGGGAACCGGGUUCCUAUUACUCUAGAACCCUCAAAGAGAACUCAGAGAAGUGUUCUGUGUAUGCUACCUUUCUCUGAAUGUUCUUAAGUCUGGAAACACUCCUGUCAUCCUAUCACUGGACAGCUCUCUUGGUUGACAGUGCUCCAGGUAGACAAUGUCCAUAGGAACUGAUCUAGGAUCAGUGCCCUUUCAAAAUCUUUAACUAUCAAGUGGGAAAACACAACUGACUUCAGACCAGUGUCUAGGGGCAACUUCGUCCCUCUCCGGGUGAAGGGUAUAAACUGUGACCAAACAAAACCCUCUGAGGAAAUCAAACUAGGAUCUGUUUAGAGGUUGUUUUUUCUCUUGUGUUUUUCUCUCCCCCUGCUGUACUUUGUUUGACUAACGAGUAUCAUGUUGUGUUUGUUUUUCUACAUCUGAAACAGAUUGAGUACUGUUCUCUUUGAGGUUUGUAUCAGUUGUGUGUUUCUGCUUGUGGGUGAUGUUUUAUUUAGUAGUGUAUUUAUUGACUAGUUUAAUUGCAACAUGCAUUGGAGUGGCAGUAUUUAGGUAUCCAUGUUGAAGUCAGCACUCCCCAAUCAUCAUUUAGGAAUCAGAGAUUGAGGAGUGCUGCUUUCAGGGGAAGAGUUGUCAGGAGUGGCAGUAUUUAGGUAUCCAUGUUGAAGUCAGCACUCCCCAAUCAUCAUUUAGGAAUCAGAGAUUGAGGAGUGCUGCUUUCAGGGGAAGAGUUGUCUUUACAUAUCAGUUUACUAUUGAGGAUGUCGUGGUGUUUGAAGGUGACAUGAUCUCCGUUCUACUGAACCAGCAGUAAGUGUUUAGCUUGUACAGUUUUCUCUCUGUGUGUGUGUGUGUGUGUGUGUGUGUGUGUGUGUGUGUGUGUGUGUGUGUGUGUGUGUGUGUGUGUGUGUGUGUGUGUGUGUGUGUGUGUGUGUGUGUGUGUGUGUGUGUGUGUGUGUGUGUGUGUGUGUGUGUGUGUGUGUGUGUGUGUGUGUGUGGGUGCGUGCGUGGAACAGCGUGAGCUCUCAAUAUGCUCAAACUCUGCUAUUGACUUGUUAUACAGUGUGUUGCCAUGGUCAAUAUUAGUUUCUCGUUCAAUAAAAGUGUGCCGUUUUUCUCAA